AUGCAGCUCCAGCGACGCAAGGCCCGAGGCGACGCGGCGCCGCCGCCGCCGCCCACGACGCGCGCCCACGACAACGCGAUCGCAUCUGCGUGGUCGCGCAUGAGCUGGCGCAAGCCGCUCUCUCUCACGCGCGCCGACGAGAGCUCCAGCGAGCACCCGCACAUGGAGCGCACACUCGGCUGCUUUGACCUGCUCAUGAUCGGGAUUGGCGGCACCGUUGGCAGCGGCGUCUUUGCCACGGCCGGCUUGAUUGCGCGGUCGUACGCUGGGCCUGGUGCGGUGCUGAGCUGGAUCUUCGCCGGCCUCGGCUGCAUCCUCAGCGGCGCGUCCUUCAUGGAGCUCUCGUGCAUGAUUCCGUCGGCCGGCAGCACGUACGCGUAUGCAUAUCAUGCGCUCGGCGAGCUCCCGGCGAUGCUCGCGGGCAUGCUCUUGACGCUCGAGUACGGCGUCUCGAGUGCUGGUGGCGCCCGCGCGUGGAGCGACAAGCUCGCUGCUUGGCUCCAUCACGUCGGCUUUCCAGGGCCCAACUGGAUGAAGCCAAAGGGCGGGUUCAUCGACCUCUAUGCUGGCCUCCUCAUGAUGCUCUGCACGAUCAUCGUGCUCUGCGGUAUGUCGGCCGGGAAGCGACUCAUCAACACGAUCACCAUCACGAAAAUCACGGUCGUCCUCUUUAUCAUUGUCGUCGGCCUCUCGCAAUUCAAGACAACCAACUUUCUCGAGCCGUUUUUGCCGCCGAUCGCGCGCAACGAGCACGACCAAACCGUGUACGGCUGGCCCGGCGUCAUGCUCGGUGCGAGUGCCAGCUUUUACGGCUACAUUGGCUACGACGAAGUAUGCUGCUUGGCCGCGGAGGCCAAGAACCCGACGCGGGACAUCCCCCGCGCGGUCUUUGGCACGGUUAUUGGCGCCGCGCUUCUCUCGACCAUGGCCACGUUGUCGCUUGUCGGGAUGCAAAAGUACUCUGCGAUCGACAUUGGCGAGUCGUACGGCACGGCGUUCCACGAGGUGCCUGGGCAUGUCGUGGGCUGCCUCGGUGGUCGAGACGGCAUCCUCAUUGGUUUCCUUGCCCAGCCCCGUGUCCAGUUUGCCAUGGCGCGGGAUGGGCUCCUUCCCUCUAUCUUUGCCAAGCUCGAUCGCCACGGCAACCCAUUCUUUGGCACGCUCAUUUGCGGCAGUGUCUUGACAAUUGUCGCCGUCUGCAUUCCGUUCAAGUACCUCUGGGACUUUAUUUCGCUCGGGAUUCUCGUCGCGUUCAACGUGACCAACACGUGCCUCCUCGCAGUGCGCUAUCGCCACAGCAGCGUCGUCUCGCCUGUCGCGCGCCUCGUGCCCGAAGCGCACCGCGUCUUUGCCCUCAUCGCCGCCUUUCUUAUCGCGUCGUAUCUCUCAGCCUACCACGUCCAGGAGAGCAUCCUCGCACCGCGGGACCUGGACGGGUCGCUGCACCAGCGCUACAUGCACGCAUUUGGGACCACAGGCGCCCUGCUUUUUACGCUCCUCACGGGUAUCACCGUGGUCAUGCUGGCACUGAGCACGCCGACGCCAGCGGAUUUGCUGCCGAAGGAGAGCCCCGAGAACCUUCAGACGCUGCCGGACACACCCAGCACGGUCGUCUCGUCGUCGACCACCGACACGGACAGCCUUAUCAUGCGCGACGACGACGACGACGAUGUUGUCGUGGUCGAUGCGGCCAGCGUCGCACCGCUGGACGACGAUGAAGGUAGCGAGACGAGCGACGACGCCAAGACGCACACGGAGGCGUUCAAAGCACCGCUCGUGCCGCUCUUUCCGUGCCUUGCGAUUUGGUUCAACUGGUUUCUCGCGAUCCAGAUCCCGUCGUUGAUUGUGCUGCUCAUGAGCGUCUACUUUGCACUCGCAAUCGCCAUCUACACCUACUACGGGCUCCGCGGCCAGCACUCGCUCGCGUCUCGUCACGGUGCGGCCCCCCAGUCGUACGCGGCUGUGCCCGAGACCCUCUCGGCCUAACGUUAGUGGUUGUUGAAAUCUUGAGGCUCAUGUCGUGGUUUU